AUGGAGGAUAGUGUUCUUUCCAUCAGAGCAAAGAUUGUAGAAUAUAUUGUGGGUCCAAUUUUACACCAUGCAAAAUACUUGUGUUGUUUCAACAACUUUGCUGUGAAUCUCCCAAAUGCCAAAAGAGAAUUGGAAUUGACCCUAGAGCAAGUGAAAUUACGAGUAAGAGAAGCCACUAUUAGGAUUGAAAAAAUUGAACCAACUGUUGAAGAAUGGCUAGAAGAAGUUGAGAAAGUUUUAGCAGAAGUGCAGAUUCUCGAAGGAAGAGUUUUGAAAGUGACAAAGAGUAGUUUCAUAAGGCAAUGUCGAUAUUUUCUUGCAAAAGAAAUGGUAAGAAAAAUAGGACAAAUGAAUCAGCUCAAAUGUAACAAGUUAGAGCCCUUUUCUAGGAGUAUUAACCUUCCAGACAUGAAGUACUAUUCUUCCAAAGAUUUUGUUCUUUCCAAUUCAACAGAAUCAACUUACAACAAGCUUUUGGAAACAUUAAAGGAUAAAAAUGUUAGCAUAAUUGGACUAGUUGGAAUAGAAGGCUCGGGAAGAACUACUUUGGCAAAUGAGGUGGGUAAGAAAGCUGAGAAGUUAAAACUUUUUGAGAAGGUUGUCAUGACAACAGUCUCUCAAAAUCUCAAUAUCAUAAGCAUCCAAGAACAAAUUGCUGAUAAGUUGGGUUUCAAAUUAGAGGAAGAAUCUGAGGAAAGUAGAGCAAAAACAUUAUCACAGAGUUUAAGGGAGGGCACAACACUUCUAAUCUUGGAUGAUGUAUGGGAAAAGCUAAACUUUGAAGAUGUAGGUAUUCCUCUCAAUGAAAACAACAAGAGUUGUGUAAUACUCCUAACAACUCAAAGUAGAGAAAUAUGCACUUCUAUGCAAUGCCAAAGUAUAAUUGAGCUCAAUCGUUUAACCAACGAGGAAUCUUGGAUUUUGUUCAAAUUGUAUGCCAACAUAACUGAUGACUCUGCAGAUGCUUUGAAAAGUGUGGCAAAAAAUAUUGUUGAUGAAUGCGAAGGAUUCCUAAUUUCAAUUGUGACUUUGGGAAGCACACUGAAGAAGAAAAGUUUAGGAGAUUGGAAGUCAGCAUUGAAAAGACUACAAGAUUCCAAACCAUUGGUUAUUACAAAAGGCCUAAAAAUUCCUCAUGUAUGUCUUCAAUUAAGUUAUGAUAACUUGACAGAUGAGUUAACCAAGUCGUUGCUUUUGUUGUGUUCUAUCUUUCCAAAGGACCAUGAAAUUGAUUUGGAAGAUUUAUUUCGAUUUGGAAGGGGACUGGGACUAACUAAGACUUCUGAAACAAUGGAAAAAUCAAGGAGGGAGAUUGAAAUAGCCGUUAACAUCCUAAAGGAUUCUUGUUUGUUGUUGAAAGUUAGUAAUAAAGAAAGGGUGAAAAUGCAUGACAUGGUUCGUGAUGUAGCCUUGUUGAUGGCAUCUGAAAGGGGUCAAGCAAUGUUGGCAAGUACUGCAAUGGAUCUAAGAAUGUUGGUAGAGGAUGAAACACUAAAAGAUAAGAGAGCAAUAUCCUUAUGGGAUUUGAAAAAUGGUCAACUUCCUAAUGAUAAUCAAUUGAAUUGUCCAACACUAGAAAUUCUCUUGCUUCAUUCUCCAAAGGCUGGCUUUGAAGUAUCUAAUUUGUGUCUUGAAAGGUUGAAAGUUCUUAAAAUACUGUCAUUCUUAACAUGUGGCUAUACGUGGAAGUUGCCUCAAUUUAGUCCAUCACAGUACAUUUUAUCAUUGCCACAAUCAAUUGAGUCAUUAAAAAAUCUUCAAACUCUGUGCUUGAGAGGCUAUAAGCUAGGUGACAUCUCAAUUUUGGAAAGUCUACAAGCACUCGAGAUUCUUGACUUGCGUGGUUCUUAUCUUGAAGAAUUGCCUAAUGGAAUUGUAGAGUUGAAGAAAUUGAAGCUUUUGGAUUUGUACAAUUGUUGGAUUGAGAAAAAUAAUGCUUACGAGGUUGUAGGACGUUUGCAACUAGAGGAAUUGUAUUUUCAUUUAUUCUCGUAUAAAGAAGACAUUCCACAUAAUGUUUCUUUCUCAAGAUUGCAGAGGUAUGUUAUUGUACUAGAUCAUAGACCAUAUUCCUUCCACCUAAAGACAGAAAUUAUGGAAGAGCAUAGACCAUCUAGAGCUUUGUACAUAAAUGGUUUGAAUGCAUCUACUCAAAGGUUUAUAUCAUUACCAAUCAUGGAUCUAUUUUUAAGAGCAGAGUACCUUCAUUUGAAGCAUCUGAAGGGAGGUUACAAAAAUCUUAUCCCAUCCAUGGAUCAACAAGGCAUGAAUCAGUUGAUUGCCUUAGUCCUCGAAUAUUCUUUAGAUAUAGAAUACCUCUUUGAUAGUACUAUGAUUACCACCAAAGAUGUUUUUUUGUCCAAACUUGUUACUUUAAGGCUAAAUGGCAUGCAUGGCCUUCAAGAAGUGUUUCAUGACCAGUUUUCUCUAUGCUCUCUGGAAAAUUUACAAGAACUAAUCAUAGAAAAUUGUGCACAAUUGUACAGCAUAUCCUUUCCAAGGUACUCAAAUCUAUGCAGUAUCAAGGUCUUAAGAAUAUACAAUUGCCCAGUCCUAACUUCUCUCUUCAUGCCAUCCAUUGUCAAAACUCUAGUGCUGCUGGAGGUUCUAAAAAUAUCUGAGUGCCAUAAAUUGAAGUACAUAAUAGAAGAAGUCAAAGAAGGGACUAUUAACAGACAAAAUCAUGCAUCUAUGACGCUCCCAAAAUUAAGUAUCAUUGAUAUUGAAGGAUGUGAAAGGUUGAAAUAUAUAUUGCCUGUGUGUUUUCUGGGAGAGCUAGUUAGUUUGCAAAGGAUGAGCAUUCGAAAAUGUAGCGAGUUGAUGUAUGUAUUUGGAAAUGAAAAGGAGCAUGAUCUUUCAGCGUACCAACACCAGAGUACAUACCAUUGCUUGUAUCCAAAUUUGCUUAAUUUGGAUACUUUCAAGUUGGAUUCCUUACCAAAUCUUGUUGACUUUUGGCCUGAUUACUAUCGUCCGCGUUUACUAAAUUUGAAAGAGGGUCGAUGCACUGAGUGUCCCGGACUGUCCAAUUCAGCGCGUAAGGUGGUGAUUUAUUUAAACUUGCGCCAAGACAUAACUGCAACGGAUAAGGUGGGUAAAGUCUCCUCUCAUAGGACACAACAGGAUACCACUAUAGGCAAGACCAUCAGACGUCUUAAGGGAAUUUUAGAUCGUGCUGAGAUGACUUCAUCGACUCAAGAAUCAAUUGCUCCUUCUUCAUCCAACAAUGCCUAUGAGGAUAUAGCUAGAGCUCAACAACAAGUUGCAGAAGCUCAAAGGGAUGCAUCAAUUGCUCGACAAGAAACUACUGUUGUAAGUCAUCUGCUUGAGCAAAUGAUGGAAAAGUUGGCAGUAAAUGAGCAGAUAGGAUUACAAAAGAGGGCCCAUGAGCACGUGGGACUACAUAGGGGAACCCAGCAAGAGCCAGGUGCUGAGAGUAAGGUUUAA